CAGGAAGAAACCUAGUAAAGAUUGACGUUUGUCAACUUCUUUUCAUACGGCAUCCUCUUCUUGCAUUAUCUUUGGUGCUUGCCAUCUUCUCACGAAUUCGUCCACACCAACUAGGACUCGCGUCUGUUUGAUGGCUUGACUAUAUACCCUUACAGCGUCAAGAACAAUAUAUUAAACACACUCAACUUAGAAGAUCAACAUCAAGGUCCCCAGAACACAAUGGUAGCUCUAGCCAGCAAGGCGAGCCUAGUCGUGCUCCGCUACGCUGCAGUGGUGUACUAUCUUUUGGGCGCAACGACAUCAAACUUGUUUGUGCUGGGGCGGGUAUUCACUGCAGCACAAGGUGCUGCUUCUUCUGAUGCCGUACUGGCGGGAUCUUCUUCUCAUGAAGGAACGGAAAUUAGUGCUGGAAAUUUUCAUGCCGUGGAUCAUUCGCCAGUAGAAACCGCAGCUUUUUGCUUGCCAGAAAGGAUAGCUCCUGUUGAAGGGAACGUCGAAAAAUCAUCUUCGUCUGCAGUUGUUGAAUCCACAGUUGUUAAAGAUGAUACCGAAGACGCAUUUUCCACAACGUCCAACGAAGCCGCAGCCCCCAUCAGGACUCUUGAUGAGGAAACACGCGGUAAAUUGUACGACUGUGAUGUCCAGCUGGUUGCCUAUCUCGAGACCGUGGAAACCGUGAAUUACACAAGUUUUGAUGAGCUUUUGGUUCGAUUUCAAGACUUGGAGCCGUACUUGCGCUGCUACCGAGAAAUUGAUCAGUACUACUACGGAGUUUAUCAGGAAAAUGUCGUACCCCGUACAGCCGAAGAGAUCCGCACGAGAUUGACAGACGCACUAAAUGCCGGAUCACCAGUAUGACAGGAAAAAGCGUACUUAACCUCAGAAGGCUAAGCAUGUUCUCAGCAGGAAACUAUGCCUCUUUUGGUGGGCAGUAUGAGUACACUUUUUUCUUUCAUGCCCAACAGAGUGGGACGAAAAAGCUAGAGAAAGAUUUAGAAAGGAGAUUGUGCCUGCGCCGAUCGAGAUGUAUACAGUGGAGGAUAUGGAUCGCAACUUGCGUAGCGGCCUUAGUGCCGCUCUCAAAGAGGACAAAACAACUGGUGGCCCUGCGAUGAAGUCUACUUCCUCAUCGUCGGGCGAUCUUGCAAAUGAACGGAAAAAAGUGGAUGCGUCAAAAGUAAAUGCGACGACGCGAGCGAGCAACUUCAUGAGGAGACUACUAGGUGGCGGUGGGUGUAAAAAGCGGUCCUUGAUGCCAGCGGGUGGUGAAGUCCUGUCUGAUUGUUCCCCCGUAGCUAAGAAGCCAAGGUUCUUGGAAGCCUCGUCUUCAAAGUCUUGGGAGAGCAGAGGAGGAGAUGGACCAGCGCGUGUUUCGAAGACGGUGAUCCUGGCCUUCCACCUGGAAGAUGGUACAUUACGUACAGGAGGAAUGAUGACCGAGAAGACGAAAAAUUUUAAGAAGUAGUUGCUUACUCAAUCGUCAGGGAAAUUCGUAGAUCUCGACAGAGGCUGAGGGAAGUGGUAAGUCCAACCCGAAUCGACUAGCAUCGUUAUCCAUUGCUCACUCAAUUAACCUACGACGCUGAUCACCAUCUGCAUUUUAGUUAAAUCUUGGGUGAAAAUAAAAGAGAAAAGUUCAACUUGGGGUUGGUGAUUUUGUUUCUUGCUUUUCUUCUCGCAGCGCUGUUGUCUCCGCUUGAAAGCUUACUGUCAUGGGUAUUCAUAGUAAAUCAGUCUUACUGAAUUGAAAUCUCAGGGAGCAUCCUCUAACUCAAUUGUCAAAGGCGAAAAACUGUAUGCGCGCUUCGAUCUGCAGUGCUCUGAGGCGGGUGACAAGAAAAAAAAUCCAAGCCUCAAACGCGACUACAGCGGUCUCCUCUGCAAGAGCGAGCUGUGGACGUUGGUGCACUUGUUGGAUGCGAUUGCUUCAGAGGUUCAAGUGACAACCAAUACUGGGGAGAAGGCAACUGGGAUGAUGAUUGAUGAUAUCUGGGUCACUUUUCGCCUAACGUCGUCGCCCCGGAAGUUCUUGCUGCCUGAGGAUGAGACGUUGGAGAAGAUAGCCAUACUGGAGGAUAUUCACAAGCUAUUCGAUUCUGCCAAGCUGAAUAUGGGGCUCAUGGUCCACGCCAAGAAAGAGAAGCUUGAAAGUCUCCCGCCACCUUUAGAUGUCUUGCCGAGGGCAUAUCCAUCUGUGGAACAAAAAAACUUGAUUCAUUUCAUUUACCCAUAUGACCUCUCCGGAAGUGGGGCGCAGGCGCGAAACUUGCCGCCUUUCGUUUACAUUCGCAACUCUAUUUUUAAGGGCAGAGAGCCAUAGCUCCAUAAGAAAUUUACGUAGAUACAACUAGUUUUCUUUCGUGAUAAUAUUUAUUGUUUGUGUCGCGCUUCGAAAACACAGACGUUAAAAAUAAAGUACCAUAAACGUGGACGAGACAGGCGGCUGACAGACACAACUCCGUUCGUGAUUUAUUGUGCGCUGAGUAACUAAACGCGAACGGCAUCGUGCUCAAUCUCCUUUUUCAUAAUUGUGGGAGAGCGGGCUUCCCGCUAUGUCAUGGACAGUGCGGUUGUCGGGACUUCUAUUUAAGGCUUAGACUUUUUUACGGGUCACUGAAAGUGGUCGCUGACUAAGCACACCGAAGAGGUCACUGAGAUCGAGCUGAGAACAGGGGAAAACAAGGUGCGAAAGUCGCCCUGAGACCGAUCUUGGGGGCUUGUCCUUUUAGCAUCAGUGACCAAUGACUUCCGCCCUUUAAUUUCUGUUUGACGGACUUGGAGACUUUCCUCCACACAUCCUCGGCUUCGAAGCAAAGGCGUACGACAUUAGUAGUCCUAGAACACUGAACAAGGAGCAGGUGCAGGAAAGGGAUGCCACUCGUGCGUUCCCUCUUGAUGAAUUUGAAGAGGAACAAGCGCGGCAGAAGAGUACCACGACCAUGCAAGAGCAGGAAGAUGCCGCUAUGCAACAACAACAAGUGGCCACUGUUUAUCCCCCUUUUCACCAUUUCGCCAGCGGAGUGAGGAAGGAAUCGGACCCGAAAUGUUCUGUCAUUUUUCCCGAGUGGCGGCCGUUUGGUUAUGAUUGUUGAUUCUGGAAAGAUUGAGGGACAGGAAUCAAAAAAAUAGAUUUGCGGUCGUGAAACGGGCAGCGGUGCGCAGUCAGUUGUAAUAUACUUAAAUAGCGCCAGCACAUACUAUACUCAAAUGAGGCAGGCUAGAUUGGCUGGUAGAAAGCACCAGGAAAAUCUUAGGCAGGCUGCCGAAUAGAUUCAAAUCAGCAAGGCCAGCACAUAGAGAAACUCGCCGGCUAAGCUUCUCUCGUAUUAGGCUAGGUCCUCCAACCAAUAUACUUAACGAAGUCCCGCUUACUUCAUCUGCGGAGUGGCUAAAUAAGUACAGCUACUAUUCCUAGUUUAAUACAACUUCAUCCACGACUGGGGCAGGAAGACUCUAGAAUGCCCUUCUUAUCCGCAAUUGUCCACCAUAGCUCUAUGUAUUCUAAUCGAUGCACAUGCUCAACAGCGCGAAAAAUUGGAAUCAGUUCGCUGCCACUGAGGUGUGCUGCCGAGAAGCGGAGCGGUGCGCAUCGGAACACGAGAAGCAAAUACUUAGAGGAGUCAAAGAGCUUAAGUUACGACUGCAGUCGUACCAUUUUUGUAGAUCUUUUUACAAUUGAUGAGGGUAUUGCUCCAACCAAGUCUGCAUAAGAAAGUCUAUGAGUAUUUGAACUGAGUAGUUAAGCAUACCCGCACCGAGUGGACUACCAAGCAAGUAUACUUGAAUUACUGAGAAGUUGCAAGUAUCUUGAAACUUGAACUGAAACAUUUCGGAGAGCUCUCUUAAAGGUCUUCUCUAAUCAAGCGGCAAACUCUGUCCGGCGUGGAUGAAGUAGCGGUCGUUCCGUACAAGGUGCGCAGAUCUCCGAGGAGCACGUGAGAUUUGGGCUACUUCUAUUUCGGCCUCAACACGCUAUACCAUUUGUGGCCUUAGCACUUGUUUUCUUGUCACUGGGCUAGUGCACUUCUCUAAAAACCGUUGCGAUUUCUAACUCAUGACGUUUCUAGGAGAUUUGAUGAUUAACACUGAGCUUGCACUGCAUGCUCUGCUCUUUCUGUCAAAAAAUGCGCGUUUCUUUUCCUACUUGGGCUGUACUAGUCGCAUUGUCUGUAUGCGUGAAUUUGCAAAACCGGUACUGGGUAAGGCAAUGGUGUUGACAUCACCACUGUUCUGAUAGUGAUAAAACUUGCAUGCUCUUGCUGUGAGCGUUUCGCUUGUUUGUUGCGAUUCGCAGUAGGAGCAACGCUGACGAUUAUGUGCUUCAAAAUUUUAUUCCUAUUCUUUUGAGUUGAUUCAGAUCAUCAAGAUCAAUCUCAG